AUGUUUUUGACCAGAGGGCCAUUGCCAAUGUUGCCACUUUGGGAGAGAUUCUUCAAGGGCCAGAAGAAGGUGAAGUAUUCAAUUUAUGUGCAUGCUCCUCCGGGAUUUGAGCUCAAUGUGAGUAGUACCUCUGUCUUUUACAGAUGCCAGAUCCCGAGUCAGCGUGUUGAAUGGGGAUCGGUGUCACUGGUUGACGCAGAGAAACGACUUUUAGCCAAUGCUCUUCUUGACUUCUCGAACGAGCGAUUUGUUCUUCUGUCCGAGAGCUGUAUUCCUAUUUACAAUUUCCCCACCAUCUACAAGUAUCUAAUUGGAUCCACCCAUAGUUUUGUCGAGUCUUACGAUGAUCAUUCUCGUUACGGGCGUGGUCGUUACAAUCGGAACAUGCGACCCUAUAUUAGACUUGCUGAUUGGAGGAAAGGGUCUCAAUGGUUCGAGCUUAAUCGUGCUCUGGCUGUCAAAAUAGUAGCGGACACCAAAUACUACGUGCUCUUCAAGAAGUACUGUAGGCCUUCAUGCUAUCCUGACGAACAUUUUAUUCCGACCUAUCUACGCAUAGAGUUUCAUGCAGUCAAUUAG